AGAGACAGAGAGACAGAUAGAGGGAGAGAGAGUGAGUGAAUAAUGCCUCGAGUGACUGAACUGACCGUGUGUCAACCCAACACUGGGUCAACGGUGCAACUACCCCUUCUAUUUAUACCCCGUGUAGACUCUCCCGCAGCCUACUUGGAUCUUUAAACAUCGAGCACGGCACUGCAGUUAAAUUUAGAUCAAUGAGACUAGAUACUGUUUUAAGUUUAAAGUUAGCUCAGGCAUAGCCCAGUUAAGGUUUCUGGGCGUGCUACAGGACCUAUUCGAAUGGAGUCGAUCAGAUUUAAUUAGUUUUCGUUAAAAUCUCCGCGUCAAGAAUGCCGUCGUCCAGUGGAAACAAGGAACCUGACAACAGCCAUACGUGGGAAUUGGCAGAGAGAUGUCUGCUGCCCAUCGCAUUUUCGCACGCACUGGCAGUCAUCCUGACAACUAUAUUAAAUAUAUUCGGGAUCUCGCAGACGUCCACCUUCGUGCUCUUUUUAUUAUUAAUGUCCAUAUCUAUAGGAUUCACAUUGUUCUAUCACAACUUGAAGGUUACUGCAGCAGGGAAAGCGGUACUAAUCACCGGUUGCGACUCACGGGUUGGAUAUGCUCUAGCUAAACAACUGGACGACCUGGGCUUCACCGUGUUUGCUGGAUUUAGUAACAAAGCCGAGAACGAGGAGAUCAUGCAGAAACUGAAGGAUAACGCUUCCGGCAGACUGCACAUGCUGCAACUGGACAUCACCAGCGAGCGCGACAUACACUCGACUUUUCUCUACGUGAACGAAAAUCUACCCGACGGAGCUCCUGGAUUAUGGGCACUGGUGCAUGCUGCUGCCUGGGUGACUCUUGGGGAAUGCGAGUGGGUGCCCCCGUCCGUUCUCAAGCGAAGCAUAGACAUCAACUUUAUCGGUUUAGCACGUUUGACUCAGGUAUUUCUGCCACUGGUCAGGAGGUCGAAAGGUCGCAUUGUUUUCGUUAGCAGCCUGCUGGCACGAGUACCCAGUCCCGUGCGAGGCAUUUAUUGCGCGCUUAAGGCCGCUGUGGAAGCCUGGGGCUCCUGUCUAAGGCUGGAAAUGCGAAGAUGGGGAGUGGAUGUUGUGAUUGUCGAAACUGGAGAAUACGUGUCUGGUAACGCAUGGCUGAAGGAUAAUACCGCGUUGUUGGAGCAAGCCAGGGACAUGUGGACCCAACUGGAUCCUCAAACCCGGAAGGAAUAUGGCCAAGAAUUGUUUCAAGCGGAAAUGUUGGCUCUGGAGAAAUAUACCCAGGGGCCAGAGGCAGACCUAACAGCUGUUACGAGAGCUCUGACAGACGCUAUAGUGAAGACUUUCCCAAUGAGGCGGUAUACACCCGUGUCCCACAGUGAAAGAAUGCAAGCAUUGUGUAAUCAUUACUUACCAAAACCGAUUUACGACAUAUUAUACACGAAUUAAAUGUCCUCCUGCGUGUGCGACGCACACUGGCAUCAUUGUUGAGAAUAUACUUAGACAGCUGCAUCUUUUUUAAUAGAUGAAACACACAUAUAUGGAAAAUAGUCUUAAAAUGAUGCGAGAAUCCUUUUAGCAAAUUAUAUAUGAAAUUUUUGGAAACGGUAUCUACAAUAUAAAACAGUUGGCAAAGUGUACAAAUAGUCCAUCAAAUUGCAAUAUAAUUUUGCGCAAAUAUAAAGUCUGUAAAAGUUUACAUAAAAACAGUUACUGCUCCAA